AUGUCCAAAAUUAAUUGUUAUGAAGAUGGACUGAACUCAUUGAUAAAUAAAAUAAAAAUCCAGAUGCAUCAAUAAAUUAGAAAAAAUAGAUUCUAAAUUUAAGAAAUUAAAAAGAACGAUUACUAAAUUAAAUCUAAUCUACUUUCAGUUGCAUUAAAUAUUGGAAAUAAUGUUGUAAAUUCCUCAAAAUUAUAUGAUUAUUCAAGUAUAAUAGAAUCAAAAAGGAGGUCGACUCAAAUACCCUUAAAAAGUAAUCUUUUUGUAUCUCCAAAAAAAGAAAAGCUAAAAAAAAAAGCAGGCUUCUUAAAUAAAUAAAGAUUAAUGAAUGCAAAAUGCGAAAUAAGAGCAUGGACUAUUCAAAAUACAAACCGAACAGAUUAAAUAUGA